GAGGGGACACGCAAAACUCACUGCCCCUCCGCCACGCCUGUCGUCGCCCUCUGUUGCAGGCUUCUCGGUUCGCCUCUCUCCGACAAAUUUUUAUCCUGGUGGCAUUUCAUUUGCUAGUUUAUUAUUUCAAUCUUCUUGUUUACCACUCCCCUUUUUGUAAGCGACUUCUUACUGGCCGAACGGUUCUUUUCUCUGCUCCUUCCUGCACGCCUUCUGCGAUUUCUUUUAUUUUUUUUCUGCGUUCCGGAGGGCCGUGACUGUUCAAUGGCGAAAGACGACGUUGAGAGCUCUGGGGGCUGGGUUUCGCCGGCGAAAUCCUCGCAGAAGCAGUGGAAAUAUCGUAAACUGGAGGUCUAUCACGAGGUGCUCUGCCGGCUCAAAGACGCAGGUUGCCCAGAGACACUCUCUCCGUCCUUCGAGGAAGAACUCUGGGCGCAUUUCAAUCGUCUCCCCGUGCGUUAUGCAUUGGACGUGAAUGUAGAGAGGGCAGAAGAUGUUUUAAUGCACAAGAAAUUAUUGUUACAGGUGCAUGACCCAGCAAAUUGGCCAGUUUUUGAUAUUCGAACUGUUCAGAUGUCUUGUGGUAAUUCCUUCGUCUGUAACUCGCGUGCUGGAAGAAACACUUUUAUUCAUCAUCCACUAACAUUUGGUUCGUCAACAAGCCUUGAGAGUCUUGCUCUUGGAGCCAGCAAAGAAUACAUUCAAGAUGAAGACAGUGUCUCAAACGCUAUGUUACCCUUACCGAAGCAAAUGCAUGAGAUAACAUUUUCAACAGUAGACAAGCCGAAGCUUCUAAGCCAGUUAACUGCUGUACUUGGGGAACUUGGGCUUAACAUUCAAGAAGCACAUGUUUUUUCAACAAAUGAUGGCUAUUCGUUAGAUGUUUUUGUUGUCGUUGGUUGGCAUUCUGAGGAUAUUGAUCUGUUUAGAGAGACAGUGCAGAAGGAAAUACGAAAAACUAUGAAAACACACCUACCACCUGAAGAAGGGCCACUCAUAUUGGAAGACGUGCAAUUUAAGAAGGAAGCUUUAUCAAACCACAUCAAAAUUCCUACCAAUGGGGCUGAUGUCUGGGAGAUAGAUGCUGGUUUAUUGGAAUUUCAGAGCAAAAUUGAAUCUGGGUCUUUUGGCGAUCUAUACCGUGGCACAUAUUGUAGUCAGGAUGUAGCUAUUAAAGUCUUUAAGUCGGAGCAUGUUAGCGUGGAUAUGCCGCGUGAUUUUGCGCAGGAAGUUCAUAUUAUGAGAAAGGUUCGUCACAAAAAUGUUGUUCAGUUUAUCGGUGCGUGCACAAAACCUCCUAGCUUGUUUAUUGUAACAGAAUUUAUGCCUGGAGGAAGCGUUUAUGACUAUCUACACAAGCAGAAAGGUGUCUUUAGGUUUUCUUCUCUACUCAGAGUAGCAAUUGAUGUUUCUAAUGGUAUGAAUUAUUUGCACCAAAAUAAUAUCAUACACAGGGACCUGAAGACUGCCAAUCUUUUAAUGGAUGAAAAUGAGGUUAAGAUUGCUGAUUUUGGAGUUGCGCGUUUUAAAACUCAAUCCGGGAUUAUGACUGCAGAAACAGGAACAUACCGUUGGAUGGCUCCAGAGGUCAUUGAACACAGACCUUACGAUCACAAGGCUGAUGUAUAUAGUUUUGGUAUCUUGAUGUGGGAGUUGCUCACCGGGAAGCUUCCAUAUGAGUUCCUGUCACCAUUACAAGCAGCCGUAGGCGUAUUAAGAGCGGGAUUAAGACCAAUCAUUCCCAAGAAUACAAAUCCCAAGCUUGCUGCAUUGCUUGAGAAAUGCUGGCAGAAAGACCCAGCUUUGAGGCCUGACUUCUCAGAAAUUUUGGAUACGCUUAACUGUAUUGCAAGGGAGGUUCUAGAACAUUCUGAAUAGCAGCACAAGGACAACUCAUCAAGUGGUUUUAUUCCAGUUUUUUGUGAGGGCCACUGAUUCUUUAUGCAAGAUUGCUUUUUUAUCUCAAAAGCUCUGUAAUUCAAUAAUGCUGAUAGAAGGCUUGUGCAGGGUGACUUAUGCCAACCUGUGUGGAUAUGACAAGCCUGCCUUCCUACCUGUAUACGAACCUGCUAACCCGAUGGGUCGUAAGCUCGCCAAUGGACGCUCAUAUGAGCUAGCCCGAGUGCCCACCAAUGCUAGGUGAAAUUGCUUUGUGUGUACUUCAUAUUUUGUUGAGUACAUGACUGCCAACUAUUACUAAUUUAUUGUGCUUCAAAUAAAUGAGUUAUAGCGAGUACAUAAUUGUGUACUCCGUUGCUUUGCUCGUCAAA